UUAUUACCAUAAAUUUCGCUGAGUCAUAGCCCACAUGUAAAACAAACAAUAUUAAGUUAGGCGUGACAUACUGCUUGUACAUUUCAUACCGCAGCUGAAGUGUUACAGUUACCUGGGCCCAAAUCGUUAACCCUAUACGAGAAAACGUUACCAGUUUUACUACACCGCCGAUAUGACUCGUGUCCUUGUAACAGGCGCUUCUGGUUAUCUUGCAAUGCACGUUGUCAAACAAUUGCUAGACUCCGGAGAAUACAUCGUUCGAGGUACAGUCAGGAGUUUGGCAAACGAGCAGAAAGUCGAGCCUUUGAGAAGUCUGUGCCCAGAAAAUGCAAAGUACGAACUGGAAUUAGCCGAAGCAGACCUUACGAAGAAGGAAUCGUGGAAUGAUGCUGUCAAAGACUGUACCUAUGUAAUUCAUGUGGCUUCCCCGUUCCCGGCCGAAAAUCCAAGAGAUGAGAUGGAGGUUAUAGGACCAGCAGUGGAAGGAACUAAGAAUGUACUUGAAGCUUGCGCCAAGACCAAGGGUGGUGUUAAAAGAGUUGUGUUGACAAGUUCUUGUGCAGCAAUUUAUUCGGGUCGGGUCGGGGAAGAUAUUGUCUUUACUGAGGAAGACUGGGCAUCUGAGGAGAAGAGCGUCCCAUAUGAGAAGAGCAAGCGUCGCGCUGAGUUGGCAGCCUGGGAACUAGUCAAGGGUUUACCAGAUGACGAGAAGUUUGAACUUUGCACCAUCAAUCCUGGCCUUAUCCUAGGCCCUGUGUUACACGGAUCUAAAUGCACAAGUAUGGAGUUUCACAGACGUUUCCUUCAACGUGAAAUGCCAAUGGUGCCAAAGCUAUCCAUGCCAGUUACUGACGUCAGAGAUGUGGCAGGAGCACAUAUCACGGCCAUGACGUCACCUAAAGCUCCCGGAAACCGCUAUGUUGCAAUCACUACCUGUAUAUGGUUGCGCGACUUGGCAGUCAUCCUUGAUGAGGAAUUUAGACCUCUUGGUUACAAUGUUCCCACAACGCAAGCUCCGUCGUUUGGGCUGAAGAUUUUGUCGUGUUUUGAUGCUUCAUUAAAGAUGCUUCUGCCUUCUCUCGGCCACGAAGUUAAGUUCGACAACUCAAAGAUAAAAGACCAUUUGGGAUACCAACCCACAGAGUUAAAGAGCAGCGUUAUAGACAUGGCUUACAAUCUGAUCGAUGCUGGUUUUAUCAAGAAGACGCCACAAUACGAGGAAAUGAAAAAACAGAAGAGUGCUUCUGGGUCGCAGUGAAGAGAUUCACGAACUUCUAGUUUAUAUCUUGUCGUGAAACGUGUCUUAGUACAUGUAUCAAGAGGCGCGCUUCUAAUAGUUUGAAACAGUAGACUGACGCAAGGUGCUUGCAAGUUUAAUCUUGGGGACGGACCAUUAUUUUUGUGAGGGGGGGGGGGGGUUAAGGCAAUUUUUCGAGACAUGAAAUAUUUUU